AUGUUUAUCAGGAAUGAAAUGAAGUCUGCUUUACAAAGUGGUGAUUCGUUUCUAUUAAGUAAUAAAUCUGUCAGUUAAGAGAAAAUGUCUCAGGAAUAGAUUAAUUAAUAAUCACCUAAGAAGCGAUCACUACUUAAAUAAAAACAUAAUCUCAUUCCACUUACUGAUAGGUUGGAAAUUAGAAAAUGUUAUUAUAAUGAAUAGUAAAAUGAAGAGUAAAAAUCACAAGAACAUAGAUUACACAAUUCUCUCUAAAAAAAUAAAAUAAAUUUACUCCCAAAAUUAGAAGGUUUAGAAUCAGAUAAAAGUUUAUAUCAAACAGUUAUUGAAAUAUUUCCUGCAGAUCAUCCAAUUUGGAAUGAUUUGGUUCAAAAAUCUUAGACUAUAGAAGAAGUUAUUGAAUCAAAUCCAGCUUUUUUUUUAGGGUUAAUGAGUAAAUUUAUAUAUUUUAUUAUAAGCUCUUUAUGUAUAGCAAUCUAAACUGUAAACACUUAAAAAUAAAUUUCAAUAAAAGGCUAUUCAAAGUUAAUACCAAUAAGAUUAUCAAAAUGUGAAUCUAGGAAAUCAAGAUGUUCUAUUGGAUUAAUCAAAGGCUCAUGAUUAAAUGUGGGGUAAAAACCUUAAAUAACUAUACAAUGGAAGUGUCUAUAAUGUAUAUACAAUAUUUAUAGAAGUCACAAUAUUUGCCAUUUAAGUUAGAAAAAAAGAGAAAAUCUCCAAAGAAGGAUUUCAACCCUAAUUUAAGCCAAUCAUCUUAUUUAUCAACUUAUAGAUCUUAAUUUUAAAAUUGGAAACCUCAAUAUCCUGGCAAAAUGACAAGAGAGACAUCUUCAGUUGAGCCAUCCAACUUGCCAUUUAUUUCGGAAAGUAGUUAUGCUAGAGAAUUCAAAAAUAUCAAAACAGAAAGAUCUCCUUUAUAAAAGAUAGCAAAAUUGUAUGUAAUUAAAUUUUAAUCAGAGGACCCUUUGCUGAAAACUCUGAGUAAUUAGUCAAAGAAAGUACAUCUUCGUAUUACUAAUAAUAACAAUUUAAUAGAAUUCCUUCAAAAUUAAUGCGUCCAAUAACUCCGAAAUUAUUCAAUGCCAGUUUUGAAGGAUAGUAUACAUCAGAAUUUAAUAAGUACAAUAAAAAAUAUUAUUUAAAGAUCUUAUCACAUAAAUUCAGAUUAAGAAUCAUCUUUUGCAAAUAGAUUUUAUGAAAGUAAUUCUGUAAAGAAAAUUUUUGAUAGAAAAUUUGAUAGUAAAAUUUUUUGA